AUGGAGAUCCGGCAGCACGAGUGGCUCUCGGCCUCCCCCCACGAGGGCUUCGAGCAGAUGAGGCUCAAAAGCCGCCCCAAGGAGCCCUCGCCGAGCCUGACUCGAGUGGGCGCGAACUUCUACAGCAGCGUCAAGCAGCAGGACUACAGCGCCAGCGUCUGGCUCCGGAGGAAAGACAAGCUGGAGCACUCCCAGCAGAAGUGCAUCGUGAUCUUCGCCCUGGUAUGCUGUUUUGCCAUUCUCGUGGCGUUGAUAUUUUCUGCCGUGGACAUCAUGGGAGAGGAUGAAGAUGGACUCUCAGAAAAAAAUUGUCAAAAUAAAUGUCGAAUUGCCCUGGUGGAAAAUAUUCCUGAAGGCCUUAACUAUUCAGAAAACGCACCAUUUCACUUAUCACUUUUCCAAGGCUGGAUGAACUUACUCAACAUGGCCAAAAAGUCUGUUGACAUAGUGUCUUCCCAUUGGGAUCUCAACCACAGUCAUCCAUCAGCAUGUCAGGGUCAACGUCUUUUCGAAAAGUUGCUCCAACUGACUUCACAAAAUAUCGAAAUCAAGCUAGUGAGUGAUGUGACCGCGGACUCAAAGGUAUUAGAAGCCUUGAGAUCAAAGGGAGCAGAGGUGACCUACAUGAACAUGACUGCCUACAACAAGGGCCGGCUGCAGUCCUCCUUCUGGAUCGUGGACAAGCAGCAUGUCUACAUCGGCAGUGCUGGCUUGGACUGGCAAUCCCUGGGACAGAUGAAAGAGCUCGGUGUCAUCUUCUACAACUGCAGCUGCCUGGUCCUGGACUUACAGAGGAUAUUCGCUCUGUACAGCUCAUUAAAAUUCAAGAACAGAGUGCCUCAGACCUGGUCCAAGAGGCUCUAUGGCGUCUACGACAAUGAGAAGAAACUGCAGCUUCAGUUGAACGAAACCAAAUCUCAAGCCUUUGUGUCGAAUUCUCCCAAACUCUUUUGCCCUAAAAACAGAAGCUUCGAUAUCGAUGCUAUCUACAGUGUGAUAGAUGAUGCCAAACAGUACGUAUACAUCGCUGUCAUGGACUACCUGCCUAUCUCCAGCACAAGCACCAAAAGGACUUACUGGCCAGACUUGGAUGGGAAAAUAAGAGAAGCAUUAGUUUUGCGAAGCGUUAAAGUUCGACUCCUUAUAAGCUUCUGGAAGGAAACUGACCCCCUUACAUUUAACUUUAUUUCAUCUCUUAAAGCUAUUUGCACUGAAAUAGCCAACUGCAGUUUGAAAGUUAAAUUUUUCGAUCUGGAAAGAGAGAAUGUGUGUGCUACAAAAGAACAAAAGGAUCACACCUUUCCUAAAUUAAAUCGCAACAAGUACAUGGUGACAGACGGCGCGGCUUAUAUUGGCAAUUUUGACUGGGUAGGGAAUGAUUUUACCCAGAAUGCUGGCACGGGCCUGGUUAUCAACCAAGCAGAUGUGAGGAACAACAGGAGCAUCAUCAAGCAGCUGAAGGAUGUGUUUGAGAGGGACUGGUACUCACCCUACGCCAGGACCUUGCAGCCGACCAAACAGCCGAACUGCUCCAACCUGUUCAGACUCAAACCCCCCAGCAACCAAACUGCCACGUCCAGCACCAGCUCGAGGGACCCCGCCAGUGCAUAA